GUUUCCGGGUUAAAGUUGAUUCUCUUAUAUCCACAUGUGAUUCACAUGUUUACAUGGGCAUUUGUUUUAGGAGUAUAUAUUAAUGACACUGAAAUCGGUGUACAUUUAUUACAGACUGUUAUAGUAAAAGUGUGCCGCUAUGUCGGACAGUGAAGAUGAAGCUUGUGAACGGACUUCAGCAGAAAAGAAGAGAGUUUCGAAGUACCAGUGUCCGGCUGACUUUGUGCCCAUGUCGUAUGAUUCCUCUGUAAACGUCUUAUGGGACGAAGAUGAGGAGAAGGAAUUAUGGCUCAUCAAAGCUCCAGCUCGUUUUGAUUCUAAUUGCUUUGAAAAGCUCAAAGUUCCCUUAUCGGGACUGGAAAUGGUCCAGUCUAGUGGCACCACACCUCAGAUCUACAGCGUUCUCAGUAGCAGGACAGCACCAUCAGACCUCCAUCUGCUCAUUUCCAAAGGGAAGCCUGUUCUCUGUUCCUCUGGCUUCAGUGGUGUCCUCAAGAUCUCAGAGAGCUAUGGAAACUGCAGUGAGAACCAAUGUCCCGUUCCCAUCCCGGCAACUCCAGCUCCAUCCAUCCCAGCUGGUCUGAAGCAACGUUUCCAGCCUUUUGGGAGUUCCACUGCAGCUCACAGGCAAGAUGAAGUCACAGUAGUCUCUCCAACUGCUCCCAGGAGAACCAGUCAAGAUCCGAUUGAGGGCGAAGAGCGGAAAAAGAAGAAAAAGAAAAAGAAAGACAAGAGGCAAGAGGACAGUGACACAGUUUAUAUCAAGGAGGAACAGACACAGAUUGAGCUGUCUGAGCUUAUGGGGGAAGAACUGAUGGAGGAAAGGAGGAGGAAGAAGAAAAAGGUGAAGAAAGAGAAGGAAAGACAUAGUGAAGACAUAACUGAUGCAAGUUUAAUAUCCAAAACGGAGCCACUGGAUCCUUCUUAUGAUUACCUUGACACACCAGGAAAAACCAAAAAGAAGAAAAAGAAAAGUAAUCGACACGAGUAGACUGUCAUAAGAACUUGAAAUGAUUUAUCAAUUUGUCAUAUUCACAAAUGCUUCCUGUGAUAUUUAAUGGUGAAAUACAAUGGAGAAACUGUCUGUCUUAAAGUAAUUCAAAGGUUUUGCACAACAUUCAUAAUUACCUAAUGCGUUGAUUUAUUCUUCUGCUUAACAUAUAGUUUUCUUGUGUUUUAGUGUCACUAAAGCAACUGCACAUCACAGAGAUGCUAUUGUAUGUAAUAUACCUAAUCAUGAGGUUUUUUUUAACAGUUUUUGUCUACUGAAAGUCUUUUUUUUUUUUUUUCAUCUGUUCAGCUGAACAAUCGAAACAAUUUACUCACAUUCAUGCCGUUCCAAACUUCAAUGAUUUUAUGGAACAUUACAAAAUAUAUAUAUUUUUGGAUUUGACUUUCCUUGUAUUGACAAAUACCCUAAGGCGUUUUUCAAAAAAAGAAUGACUUAAAUUCUUUGCUGAACUUUCUCUUUAAACACUACGUUUCUGCAGUACUUGCAGUUCACCGGUAGGUGGCGUGGGAUCUCCCUCUCCCGCUGAGAACGCAGAAGGGCCGCCGCUUGUUCUGCACUGGGGUAUGGUCAUGUUUUCUAAUGAGCAGAGGCACGUUUGCCGCCUGCAAAUUUGGUUUCUUUGCCCGUCCCACUGCGCACAUGCAGGUAAAACCCCAAUGGGAUCACAUGAGGAGUUUCACACAGGCGCUGCUCACAUCUGCGUUGAUCAGGUAUUUAAAGAACGCUGCACCUGCUGAUACUCUCUCACUGGGAACUUUAUGUGAAUUAAACAUGAUAUAUCGUCACAUAAACUAUAUGUGUGUGUUUGUACAGUAAAGAAAUGGAAUGCGUGUCUUAUUUUAUGUGCACCUGUUUCCAACACCCACCCUUUGCAUCGUUUGACAUUUAUUUUCUGAGUUUGAGUCACAGAGACACAAGUGAUUUGUCACCACCUGUGAUUUUAUCACAGAGGCGGGGACGGUAAUCACGUCCGUCCAACUCGUUUGUCUUGUCUUGUGUGUGUGUGUGUGUGUGUUUUUUUCAUAUAAACUCAUCAAUAAUAUUUUUUUCCACGCGAUAUGCCAUAGGCGUUAUGGGAUGCUUGAACAUUGCUGGGUGUCUGGUGAAGCAAAUAAAUAAUUGAAUGCAGUCUGAAGUUUGAAAGCAACGUGCUCAGACUGCAAAGCAAAGCGCAGGGUCCUAUGCACCCUAAACUGAUGCUGAUGGAAUGAUUUUUUUUCCGAGAGCCAAUCUCGUUUAUGCACACCCUCCCCCUUUUCAUUGCAGCAAUUCUUGUCUUUCUCCACUGUGGUGAUCUCUCUCUCCCUCUCUCUCUCUCUCUCUCUGUCAUUCGCUCUCUCACUCUUCAGCGUGCUCCAUGCGGCCUGCAGCAUUUUUUUUGGGGGGGGGGGGUAGGAUGGAGGGGGGUACGGAGGAGUUACCAUAGCAACGCGCACUUGCCAAGGACCACGGAGCCGCGCGCGGCGGUCGGGAUGGGGUUCGCCACACAUCGAUAGGUACCUUCCCCCAAUUAGAAACGACAGAAGAAACACCAGUGUCCAUCUGAAUGCACCCCAUUUUCUUCACAUCAAGAUGCACUAGUCAAUAUUUCUACUUGCUAAAUCCUGUUGAAGUGUUUGUUUGGGAUGAAUUACUGCACCAGAAACUUGUUUGCAUGCUAAUGCCUCGACAUGACUCACUCCAAGCAGUCGAAUCCAAAAUGUGUCACUGAGCCUCCUCUGCAGCAGCAAGGAAUUCAGGGAGAUUUUCCAUGGAAUUUUACCACAAGCCUCUCUGUAUAUUUCUGUAUAGAUGGUGUCAGAAAUAUAGGGUUUUUUAAAUUUAUCGUGUUUUUGUUUGUAUUAAUGAAGCCUGCAGAGAAUGCAGUUGGAUUUGUCUCCUGCAUUGGAUUAAAACGGGAAUAAAAUAAGUGUGAUUGUACUGUUGCAAUGUGCACACCCAAAUCAAGUCAGACAUAUGUUAUAAAAGCAGCAGGUCUUUCAGCUGGUUGCCUUGACAACCACAAUGCCAUUUUCUCCUCAUUGUGUCCUUACCCACCUCUAUGAAUGUGUUCUUAUCAUGAGAGCGCUCAGAAACUUGGUUUCUGUCACUGACCAAGAUGUGCUGCCUGAAAUAUUGUUUGAUUUGUUUUAAUAUAAAAUAAAUAAAUUGUUUAAUUAAUUAAAAAUCAGUAAAGACCAGCCUUUGAAAACAACUUUUGGCUGGGAUGAUAAAAGGCAG